AUGAAAAUUCAAAAGAGACAGAUAGAUAGCUUGCUGUGCAUGGGGUUCUUGUUCCUUUCCAUUGCACUUUGCAAGACUCAAAUGACACUUUCAAAUUUGAAAGCACUAGAAGACCACUGCAUUAAUGGGUCUAAUGAAAUUCCUGUUAGAAUUAAUCCUUCUGGUCCAUUAAACUUAGUACAUGGCUAUAUUCACCACUAUAUGGGGUACAUCCAUAACAAAAGAUUCUUUUCCCCUGGAAUUCUCCUGGACUUCCAAAUGGAAAUUCUUUUUCUGAAAGACGAAAAUUUCCCGUCCUUUAGCUUCACUUGGGCCUCAUCCUUAGACCACCCAAGGCCCUCUAGUAGUAAAAAUAUAACUGCCAGAUAUAAAUACUACAAAGCACUUCUUAGAUUUUUCCCGUCUCACAAUAAAUCACUAGAAAUUAUUAAUGAAUCUGCACGGUGGAAGGCAACAUUCUGUCAAUUCCUUCAACUACCUAGUGUAAAAAAGCACUCCUACCACAUACUUGCCUCCCUCCUUCUUAUGUCAGAAGGAAUUCCUGUUGGCCUAGGGACACACUUAAUACGGCACAAAGACAAAAAUACAAAAAUAUAUUUAGAAGGCAGGGAACCCCAUGAUACAAUUGAGUUAUUGACCUUAGCCUCGAUCGAUGGAACUAAGAAAUUCUUCAAACUUGAUUUGUGCUUUAUAAAAGAUCAGAAAUGUUUCUCGUACUACAGUGUACUAGAUGACAUUAUUUCUGCAUUUACAGAGAAACAGUUUUUUUCAAAUAAUUUAACGGAAAAUACAACCGCAGAUGGGUCAUUCAUGGAGAACCCCAGAUUCUUAAUACAGUCAUUUCUCUAUGCAUAUUUAGAUAUGCACUCUGCAAAACUAUUCUUCCAAGCCGUCUAUGACUUACUUCAGACAUAUUCGAAUAUUAAGACUUCGUGUAAGUUUAAGCUGAAAGAAGAAUUUCCUAAGAUACUUAAUAGAUUCUUUGUUGAAUACAAUAGACCAGAAGGGUUCUCUUAUGCAGGUGCCUUGGAGUCUUCUCUUACUGUGCAAGAUGAAGAAGUCUUUGAAGUCUCUGAAGAUUCUUGCAGAAGUGAUAGUUCUAGGUUCUCUUCCUGUAGUGAAGAAAAGUUCAAUCUAGCAUACAAAGAUGAAAAUCAGUUGGAUUCCAUUUUGGGUCUAAUUGCCUGGAUAUCUUAUGAUUUGAAAACAGAAAGAUAUUCAACUGAAAAGAUAAAAAAUGCACCUGAAAUAAUUAAGAAAUUCUUCUCUAUUUAUAAGGUCCCUAGGGUACUCCAUGAGGAUGAAUGCAGACAUGCAUGGUACGAAGCAAUCACUGAGGCAAUUUCCAACUAUAAUUUAAAUUUAGUUAGUACAGGUAUACUAGGGUGUCUUAAUAUGGUGUGUGACUUGCUGCAAAUUAAGAAGAGGUUUGGUCUAACGGAAAUUAUAACUAAAUUCCAUAAGGGUGAAGACGAAGACCCUCUUGUAAUUAAUUCAUGCAUUCAGGAUUUACUGUAUAAUUUAACGGAUAAUUUUGAUGGAGUAAGAAUAUUUUUUGAUGAUCUGCAGUAUAAAGAUACUCGUGAUAAUUUGGAUAUUUUUGGGGCAGUUUCCAUUGAGUUUACAAUUAACCCGAAGAUUUCCAAAUUUCAGACAGCCUGUAAGAAGCCAAGAAUUUUCACAUAUAUUUUCACUGCAUACAAAGACCCUUUUGUAAGCCAGACAAUGAAGAAAUACUUUAAGAUAAAGAAUUCUCUGAGGGGCCAGAAUUACUUCAUAAAUCACUUAUGCCAAGACUUCAUUGAUAGAAUCAUUGAGGAACAUAGGUCUUCUCCAGUUAAUUUUACCUCUAGUAUAGAAUCAAUUAUAAAAAAACCAACUAUAACGGAAAUUAACAAAUUAUUCAAACUAUCCAGGAUUAAUCAGGUUAAUUAUAAGAUAGACCUGAUUAUCUUCAUAUUUAUGCAGGGAAUUAAGAAGGAUCUUGCUCCUGGUCAUAUUUUAAUACAGUUGGGUAUAAAUUUACUUGCAAGCACUGAACUGCAGAACUGGAGGAUGCGGUGCAAGGCACUUAUAGUACCUAUAAUUUACGCACUAAACUUAAAAGACCAAAACUCGAAUAUUUUCAACUAUACAACAGACACGGAUAAAUCUGCAAUUGACACGUACUACCAGGAAGUACUUCUCUCCCAAUCAAUGCAGUCAAUCUUUAAUUAUGCACUAACUGAAGAUCCAAAGGUAUUUUUGAUAUGCUUUGAUACUUUCUGUUAUAUGACAAAAUAUUCUCCAUUUUAUCCAAGAUUUAGCAAUCUAAACCUGUACAUCUGUUUAUUUAAAUAUAAAAAAGCACUGUACGCAAAUAAUUUCAUUGAAAUAUUUAAGAAAUAUUUACCAAAAGCAUCAAAUGAAUUAGAAAACAUUCUGAUGGACUUCUUUGUGCUGGCAUGCGAAAGUAAUCCACCCUGCCCAAAAAGAAUCAGAAUUUCAUACGACCUUAUUAAAGAAAUCCCAAAGGAAACUAUAAAUUCAAAGGUAACAAAGGAUAAUUAUAAGAGGGUACUGUACACCCUUAGUAGAAUGAACAAGAAGUUAAGCGAAAAAGACGAUUGUCUCAUGAGUUAUUUUGAAAGACUCCAGGACAAGGCAAUCCAGGCAGAAAAGUCAAAGCCCACAGGCAGAAGGACAAUCUAG